CCCCCCCCUCCACGUGUCCCCCUGGGUGCCGAGGGCGGGGCGGGGCUGUGCCUCCCGGGUGGGCGGGGCGUUGCCAUGGGAGCGGCAAGAGUGACGUGCGAGGCGGAAGCGGCGCGGGCAGCCAUGGGGGGCUCGGCCAGCCUGUUGCCGCAGGAAGCGCUGGGCGAGUAUGAGGAGCUGACCUUCCUGAGCAAGCAGGAGAUCCUGCUUGCCUACAAGAGGUUCAGUGAGCUGCUGCCAAAGGAGGAGAGGGGGAGCGCCGGCUCCGCCCGGGUCCCCAAGAGCCAGAUCCUGACGCUGCCGGAGCUGCGGGCGAACCCCUUCCAGCACCAGAUCUGCCACGUGUUCUCCACCUCGGGCAACGGCGACGGCAGCAUGUCCUUCGAAGACUUCCUCGAUAUGCUGAGCGUCUUCAGCGACUCCGCGACCGUCAACAUCAAAUCCUACUACGCCUUCCGCAUCUUUGACUUUGAUGCUGAUGGGAUUCUGGACAGAAAGGACCUGGAGAAAGUGGUGAACUGUCUGACCGGGCAAGGCGAGGAGUCCCGGCUGAGCACCGCGGAGAUGGAGCAGCUCAUCCAAAACAUCCUGGAUGAGUCCGACAUCGACCGGGACGGCACCAUCAACCUCUCCGAGUUCCAGCACACCGUCUCCCGCUCCCCGGACUUCGCCAGCUCCUUCAAGAUCGUCCUGUGAGAGCCCUGCGGCUCCCCAGCAGAACUGCUCCUCCGACUGCUGCAGCUCUUCGUGGUCUCAGACAUUUCCUCUUUCAGCAAGCAGCGGGGCAGAGGCCCCCGCUCCGCACCAGCCCGGCGGUGCCGCACAGUGCCUUGGGCAGGACACCCUCCUGCUCCCCCUUCGGCCCGGCAGACCCCUCUGCAGCGGUGGGGCCCUGGGAAGCUGAGCUGCCUUGCCUGCCGCUGCUCUACUCUCCCAGGAUCGGAUUUUUAACUCCUCAUGCGAACCACGGGCAGCUCUGUGGGUGGGGGGAGGCACACGCUGCACCGAGCCCAGCCCCUUUCUGCCCUCAGCACCGAUUUGUGCCUUCCACGAGCAGGCAGGGAGCUGCCUCCCCCUGCCCAGCUCGCCCGUCUUCCAGGGGGCCUCCCUGCUGCAAGGGGGAUCCCUUGGAGGAACAACCCAACUGGGGAUCCCUUUCUCUGAGCAAUAACCCAAACGGGGAUCCCUUUGAGCACAACCCAACUGGGGAUCCCUUUCUCUCAGCAAUAACCCAACUGGGGAUCCCUUUCUCUGAGCAAUAACCCAAACGGGGAUCCCUUUCUCUCAGCAAUAACCCAACUGGGGAUCCCUUUCUCUGAGCAAUAACCCAAACGGGGAUCCCUUUGAGCAACAACCCAACUGGGGAUCCCUUCUCUGAGCAACAGCACAAACAGGGAUCCCUCUCUCUGAGCAAUAUCCCAAACAGGGGCCCCUUUCUCAGCAAUAACCCAAAGGCACCACACCUGUGCCAUCCCAGCAGCAGCAUCCCGCCACGCUGCCUCGGCACUGACCAUGCUGGGGCCCUGCUCUCCUUGUCCUUCUCUUUCCCUCUCUGCCCCCUCCUCUGGCUCAGGCUCAGCAGCUGCUCCGGCCUCUUCCUCCCUCUGCUCCUGCGAGGACACAAAUAAAGGGCUCUGGUUUCA